GCUCAGCUCCAUUCAGCCAGGAUAGUUGAGAGUAAAAGGAGCAGAGCCAGCCCCACCCCUGGACAUCAGCAUGGGACUCACUCAGGACCCCAACUUUGAAAAGCUGCAGCACUGGUUCACAGCCCAUGCCCUGAACCUCAACGUGAGGCACUUGUUUGAGGCCGACAAGGAAAGGUUCAGAAAGUUCAGCCUCACGCUGAACACUGAAGAUGGGGAUAUUCUUUUGGAUUACUCCAAGAACCUCAUCACAGAUGAAGUCAUGAAAAUGCUGACUGAUCUGGGUAAGUCCAGAGGAAUUGAAGCUGCCAGGGAGAAGAUGUUUACCGGAGACAAGAUCAACUUCACUGAGGGCCGUGCUGUGCUCCACGUGGCUCUGAGGAACCGUUCCAACACUCCCAUCUUGGUUGAGGGGAAAGAUGUAAUGCCAGAGGUCAACAAGGUUCUGGAGAAGAUGAAGAGCUUCUGUCAUAGGGUUCGCAGUGGCGAGUGGAAAGGUUUCACAGGAAAGGCCAUCACAGAUGUUGUUAAUGUUGGGAUUGGAGGAUCAGACCUUGGUCCACUGAUGGUGACAGAGGCCCUGAAGCCAUACUCGAAGGGUGGACCUCGGGUGUGGUUUGUGUCCAACAUCGAUGGAACUCACAUAACCAAAACCCUGGCUCAGCUAAAUGCAGAAACUACCCUCUUCAUCAUCGCAUCCAAGACGUUUACCACCCAAGAAACUAUUACCAAUGCUGAGUCAGCCAAAGCCUGGUUCCUGGAGCAUGCCAAAGAUAAAGCUGCAGUUGCUAAGCACUUUGUGGCUCUGUCCACAAAUGGUCCCAAAGUAAAGGACUUUGGCAUUGACACAGAGAACAUGUUCGAGUUCUGGGAUUGGGUUGGUGGCCGUUUCUCCCUGUGGUCUGCUAUUGGAAUGUCUAUUGCCUUGCAUGUUGGUUUUGACAACUUUGAGAAGCUUCUAUCCGGAGCUCACUGGAUGGACAAACACUUUCGAACUGCUCCCUUGGAGAAAAACGCUCCCGUCCUGCUGGCUCUGCUGGGAAUCUGGUACAUCAACUUCUUCCACGCAGAGACCCACGCCGUGCUGCCCUAUGACCAGUACAUGCACCGCUUCACUGCCUAUUUCCAGCAGGGUGACAUGGAGUCAAAUGGAAAGUACAUCACCAACCACGGGGCACGAGUGAACUACCACACCGGGCCCAUCGUGUGGGGAGAACCUGGCACAAAUGGACAGCAUGCUUUCUACCAGCUCAUCCACCAAGGAACACGGAUGGUGCCGUCUGACUUCCUGAUCCCAGCUCAGUCUCAGCAUCCAAUCAGAGACAAUCUGCACCACAAGAUUCUGUCGGCCAAUUUUCUGGCUCAGACAGAAGCCUUGAUGAAAGGUAAGACCACCGAAGAGGCCAGGAAGGAGCUGGAAGCCAGUGGUCUGAGUGGGGAGGCCCUGGAGAAAAUCCUGCCACACAAGGUUUUCCAAGGAAACAGACCAACAAACUCAAUCAUCUUCAAGAAACUGACACCUUACACACUGGGAGCCCUUAUAGCAAUGUAUGAGCACAAGAUCUUUGUCCAGGGUGUGAUGUGGGAGAUCAAUAGCUUUGACCAGUGGGGAGUUGAACUGGGUAAACAGCUCGCAAAGAACAUUGAACCUGAACUCAACAACACUGCAGAGGUCCACUCUCACGACGCGUCCACCAACGGACUCAUAAAUUUCCUCAAAAAGAAUUUUGCCUGAUUUUCAGCACAGCGAAUCUCUUGACGUCACUUCGUUAGCAGCUCAGGUUCAGGAGUACGGCGGAGGUGGCUGGUGACUCCCACGCCGAGCUGAUGCUGUCUGAUGUUUGUGCUCUCAUUAGCAAUGUCAUGACUGUCUGGAGUGUUGUCAUUUUUUUGUUUGUUCAUGCCUGUGAGUGAAAAAGCUUUUUGUAUUAGAAAUAUCCUCACUCUGUCUCCACAGUUACAUGAAAUAAACACUUUCAUUCAGUG